GGGUUACUUUUGAUUUGUUCUGAAGUGUUGAUAUAAUUUAGUCAGGCAAGAUGAAAUUUAAACCGGUGUCAAAUUUACAAGAAAAGUGUGACGAAUGGUUGUCAACGAGAAAUAAGAAAAAGAUCUCAAAGCCAUCACCAAGCAUCAAGAGGCACCCAGCUUCUACCAGGAAGACUGUAUCUAGCUCUAAAUUAUGGAAACUAACCCAGAAUUCACCACCGCCUCCUCAAUUGUUCUCAUCUACAAAACAGAGUGUUUUAAUGUCUUUCUUUAAUAAGACUAAAAAUGAAGAUAAUACUAAUGAUGAAGAAAUGUGUGAUGAUUUUGAUCCAGAUUAUGGUGAAUCUGAAGAACAACUAUUGACAAAUCAGUUUCGAUUUCUCAGCCAAGAUGAACAACAACCAAUGGAAAACAAUGUUUCCAUGUUAAAACAAAGGAACAGUCAACAAGAUAAAGGAGAUAUUAAGGUUUUAAAUACAGAUGGUGACAAUUGCAGACAUAACAGUUCAAAUUCAAACAUUUCUGAAAAUAACACAACUGAUUCCGAGAAUGAUUCUGAUAUUGAAUUUGUCAGUCAAAGACCCAAUGCUUAUAAUGAAAUAAUACAAUUUCCAUACCAUAAGACUAAAGGCAACGAAACUGAUAAUAAUAAUGAUAUAGAAUUUAUCAGCCAGAGAAAUUGUUCCAUGGGAAAAAAAUCUAAAUUUGCAAAGAUUUUUCACGAACAUAAAUGUGACAAGUCUGACGAUAGUUCAGAUAUUGAAUUUAUGAGUCAGAGAUUUAGUGGUGAAAAACUUCAAGAAUAUUCUGGGACAGGCAAACAUAAAAAAAAUGAAGAUUCCAUGGGAAAAAAUUCUAAACUUGCAAAGACUUUUCACGAACAUAAAUGUGACAAGUCUGACGAUAGCUCAGAGAUUGAAUUUAUGAGCCAGAGAUUUAGUGGUGAAAAAUUUCAAGCAUAUUCUGGGACAGCCAAACAUAAAAAUGAAGAUUGUGGGCCUAGUGAUAUUGAAUUCUCAUCUCAAGAAGAGUCCGCUACAUGUACAAGAAUUUCAUCUAGAACAUCACUUAUAAACAUAGAUGAUGUGAAAGAUAAAAAUCUUGUUGAUGAUAUUUCCAAUAUUGAAUUUUUUAGUCAAAGAGCAAAAGUCAAAAACCCUGAAAGUCUUUCAAAAAUAUGUGAUAAUGUAAAAUGUGAUCGUAAUGUAAUAAAAAAUCCUUGUUUGUCCGUAAAUAUACAACAUUGUGUCAAUAAUAGUGAUGUCAGCCUCAACAGUAAAAGUAAUUCUGCGAUGAAGGAGAGGGGAAAAACCAUAUUUUGUCCAAGGUUGACCGAGGAAAAUACUGAUAUUGAAUUUGUGUCUCAAACUGUUGUUGAAAGGCAAAUUGAUGUACAGUGUUGUCGAACAGCAAUGAUUUUGAAAAAUCGAAAAUCAGAAACUGAAAACUCUUCAGUAGAUUCUGAAAAUAGCUCUAAUAUUAAUUCUGAUUACGAAAUAUCUUUAAAUGAAAAAUGUGAAAAUAUAUGUAGUGAGAAUGCUUUGCUUCAAUAUCGACAGUCUUCAUUGAAGAGUACCAAAAAUGGCAUUGGAUGUUCUGAGUUGCUGAGACAAAAAGGUAAUAAUGAUGAUUGUGAUGUAGAUAAAGUAGGUCAUUCACCUCAUCAAACAAAUCUAUAUUAUAGAAAAUUCAAAACGCAAUCCUUGAAAUCAAAGGGAGAUAAUUCUUCUAAGCUUAUGAACAAAUUUCAUGGUAAACGAUUUGAAUUUCAAGAAUUACCAGACACAAUAAAAUUUACUGACUCGGAGACGGACAGUGAUGAAAUUAUGAGCAGACGUCUUUUAAUAGACAGGAGUAGACAGAAUAAAAGACAUUUAUCUCCUCCAGAACCAGAUUCUAUAGUAUUUACCUUAGGUGACUUGUAAACAUGUCAAUAACACACACACCUAGUCUUACUGUCAGUUAUAAUCUAAUAUAAUAUAAGAGAAAAUAUUUGAAUAUUUUCAGUGUGUUUUGUUUGUUGGAUUAAUAUAAGGCCAGUGGCAUCGGCGAAGUUAAAAACGGAAUAGUCGUAAAAAUAGUCCUGUGGCCAUUGUUACGACCAUCGAUUUGUAUUAGCCUACUCCUCUGAAUCAAUGGAUUUCAACUUCAUUACAGGCCCGGUUCCAGGGGGCCGUG